GGAGGGUUAGUGUUCCCCGACUCAUGCAUACGGCGUAGGUCGGCGUCGCCCCAGCUUGCUGUGUUCAGCUGGGGGCCGGGGAGUUGGGGGUAACGUUUAUUGAUUUGGUGCCUGGCCUGUUUGCCUGGGUUGCAGGCCCUACUGUCGUGGCGCUCCACAAGUCGUCCGGCUGAACGAGGAGACCCGUUGAAUUGGCUCUUCUCAGGGGCAUUUUGAAGAUGAAUGAAGAAAGAUUGGAAUCAGCUCCACACCUGCGGAAAGUUCCUAAAUGGAUGUUUAAGAAGAAUAAAGGAUGUGCUGUAGAAGAAAGAAAGGCAUCGUCUGUUCAGAGGAGUGUUUUUGAAGAUGACCUUCCAUUCUUAGAAUUCACUGGGUCCAUUAUGUAUAGUUAUGAAGCCAAUGAUUGCUCUCUCCUUUCAGAAGAUAUUGGCAAGACUUUAUCUGAUGGAGAUGUAGUAGGAUUUGACUUGGAAUGGCCACCAGUAUUCAGAAAAGGGAAACAUGGAAGAGUUGCACUCAUUCAGUUGUGUGUGUCUGAGAGCAAAUGUUACUUGUUUCACAUUUCUGCUAUGUCAGUUUUUCCACAGGGAUUAAAAAUGUUGCUUGAAAAUGAAACAGUGAAGAAAGCAGGUGUAGGAAUUCAAGGAGACGAGUGGAAACUUCUACGUGACUUUGACGUCAAAUUGAAGAGUUUUGUGGAGUUGACAGAUGUUGCCAAUAAAAAGCUGAAAUGUAUAGAGACCUGGAGCCUCAAUGGUCUGGUUAAACACCUCUUUGGUAAACAGCUUUUGAAAGAUAAGUCUGUUCGCUGUAGUGAUUGGAGUAAUUAUCCCCUCACUGAAGACCAGAAACUGUAUGCAGCCACUGAUGCUUAUGCUGGUCUCAUCAUUUAUCGAAAAUUAGAAACUUGGGGUGAGGCUGCUCUCAAACUUGCUGUAAAUCAAGAGGAGGAAAUCCUACCUGGUGACCUGAAGAAACAAUUGACUUCAAUCUCUGAGGAGAUGAUGGAUCUGGCUACACAUCUUCCUGACACUUUCAGAAAACUAGAAAAUCCACAAAGGGUUUCUGUCCUGUUAAAGGGUAUUUCAGAAAAUCUGUAUUCACUGAGGAAGGUGAUAUUUGGUUCUACUAACACUGAGGCUGAAAUGAGGCCCAGCAGUAAUUUUAUCUUAUCAUUGGAGGAUUCAGCUGCUGCUGUAGGAGCACGGCAGAAAAAAAUUACAGAAUAUACACGGUUUACUAACGCUCAAGAUGCAACAUGGGAGCCGAUAGCUGACGAUUUAGCUAAAGAGGAUAGAGAAAAUGUACCUGGAAAUGAUGUGAAACCAAAAGAAGAUGGAUUUGACAACUGCGUGGAGGACAAUCAAUGGAAAGAUCCUGCGGAAAGAGCUUGUUUGAUGUCAUUAGAUAUCACAGAAUAUGAACUUCAGAUUUUGGAACAGGAGGCUCUAGAUAAAUCUCACCAUGCUGUUACUUACACAUCUGCUGAGCCUUUAUCUCCCAAGGAUAGUGAAAUAGAUACUUCUUAUGUAAUUGAAAGUGAUGAAGAUUUAGAACUGGAGAUGCUCAAGUCUUUAGAAAACCUUAAUAGUGGCGCCAUAGCACCAACUCAUUCUAAAUGCUCAGAAAUGGAAAGAAAUCUGGGGCUUCCUACUGAAGAAGAAGAUGAAGAUGAAAAUGAAGCUAUUGAAGAGGAAGACGACGAGGGUGAGAAGGACUGUUUGUUGCCAGUACCCAACACAGCGCAAGUUACUUUCCUUAAGACCUACUUUGGCCAUUCCAGUUUUAAACCGGUUCAGUGGAAAGUGAUUCAUUCAGUUUUAGAAGAAAGAAGAGAUAAUGUUGUUGUCAUGGCAACUGGAUAUGGAAAGAGUUUGUGCUUCCAGUAUCCCCCUGUUUAUGCUGGCAAGAUUGGCCUUGUCAUCGCUCCCCUCAUUUCUUUGAUGGAAGACCAAGUGCUCCAGCUUAAAAUGUCCAACAUUCCAGCUUGUUUCCUUGGAUCAGCACAGUCAGAAAACGUUCUAAAUGAUGUUAAAUCUGGCAAGUAUCAGAUUGUGUAUAUGACUCCAGAAUUCUGUUCAGGUAACUUGGACCUACUUCAGCAACUUGAAGCUAAUAUUGGUAUUACACUUAUCGCUGUGGAUGAGGCCCACUGUAUCUCUGAGUGGGGACAUGAUUUCAGAAGUUCAUUUAGGAACCUGGGCUCCCUGAAGACGACCUUCCCAUCGGUACCAGUUGUCGCGCUCACUGCUACUGCAAGUUCUUCAAUCCGGGAAGACAUCAUACAUGCCUUAAAUCUGAGAAAUCCUCAAAUUACCUGUACUAGUUUUGAUCGACCAAACCUGUAUUUAGAAGUAUUACGCAAAACAGGGAAUAUUUUUCAAGAUCUGAAACAAUUUCUGGUCAGAAAGACAAGUUCUGAGUGGGAAUUUGAAGGUCCAACUAUCAUCUAUUGCCAUUCCAGAAAAAUGACAGAACAAGUUACAGCUGAACUUAGGAAACUGAGUUUAUCCUGUGGAACAUACCAUGCAGGCAUGAGUAUUAAUGUGAGGAAGGAGGUUCAUCACAGGUUCAUGAGAGAUGAAAUUCAGUGUGUUAUAGCUACCAUAGCUUUUGGAAUGGGCAUUAAUAAAGCUGACAUUCGCAAAGUCAUUCACUAUGGUGCUCCUAAGGAAAUGGAGUCAUAUUACCAGGAGAUCGGCAGAGCUGGGCGUGAUGGACUUGAAAGUUCUUGCCAUUUACUCUGGGCGCCAGCAGACCUUGCCAUAAAUAGGUUCCGCCUUACUGAGAUACAAAAUGAAACGUUUCGAUUAUACAAAUUGAAGAUGUUGGCAAAGAUGAGCAAAUAUCUCAAUUCCAGUAAGUGUAGGCGACGAAUCAUCUUGUCUCAUUUUGAGGACAAACAACUACGAAAAGCCUCCUCGGGAAUUAUGGGAACUGAAAAAUGCUGUGAUAAUUGCAGGUUCAGAUUAGAUCAUUGCUAUUCAAUCAGUGAUUCAGAAGACACAUUCCAGGACUUUGGUCCACAAGCAUUUCAACUACUAUCUGCUGUGGACAUCUUGGGAGGAAAGUUUGGAAUUGGAGUUCCAAUUUUAUUUCUCCGAGGAUCUCAUUCUCAGCGUCUUGCAGAUACAUAUCGCCAUCACCAUUUCUUUGGCAUUGGCAAGGCUAAACCAGAGAAUUGGUGGAAGGCUUUUUCCCGUCAGCUCAUAACAGAGGGAUUCUUGCAAGAAGUUUCUGGACAAAACAAAUAUGCAAAGCUUUGCACCCUUACAGAAGAGGGUAGAAAUUGGCUUGAUGAAGCCAAGACAGAGUCUCCUCCCCGACUUGUCCUUCAAGCCAGCGAAUGUGAAGAAUUGUUUCCAACCAAGUUUCCUUGGCCAAGCUCUAAAGCUGUAUCUUCAGGCACUGAACAGCAUUUCUCUCCGCAAGUACCGAUUGAAUUAGCUGCAGAAAAGAAGUCUAACUUGGAGACGAUGUAUUCUUACAAAGCACUCGAUAAGAUUUCUUCUGGGAGUACCAUUCAUAAAAAAAGUAUCGUGGUACAGUCACCAGAAAAAUCUUACACUUCCAGAGAACCGGUCGUUUUAGCUCAAGAGCAGGUGACUCAGACCGUGUUGUAUGCCAAAUUGGUCGAAGCUAGGCAGAAACAGGCCAAUGAAAUGGACGUUCCUCCAGCUGUGCUGGCAACAAACAAGGUGCUGGUGGACAUGGCCAGAGUCAGACCAACUACGGUUGAAAAUAUUAAAAAGAUUGAUGGUGUUUCUGAAGGCAAAGCUGCUAUGUUGACCCCUCUGUUGGAAGUCAUCAAACAUUUCUGCCAACUAAAUAGUGUUCAGACAGACCUCUUUCCAAGUAUAAAACCUCAAGAAGAGCAGAAGGAAAUUUUGGUAGAAGAAAAGAAAUACUCACUUCCACAUUCUGUGGUCAUCACUUACUCUUUGUUCCAAGAAAAGAAGAUGUCUUUGAAUCAGAUAGCUGAGAACAGGAUUCUGCCUCUGCCGGCAGUUGGCAUGCAUUUAUCCCACGCGGUGAAGGCUGGAUACCCCCUAGAUUUGGAGCGAGCCGGACUUACUCCAGAGAUUCAGAAGGUUAUUGCUGACGUUAUCCGAAACCCUCCCGUCAACUCAGAUAUGAAUAAAUUUAAAUUAAUUAGGAUGUUCGUUCCUGAAAGCAUUGACACGUACCUUAUCCACAUGGCAAUUGAGAUCCUUAAAAACAACUGUGACAGCAGAUUGCUGUGCCAACCUUCAUGUGAUUCCAACAAAAAAAGGUGUUUCCCCCGCUCUGAAGAGGGCUGGUUAAGUUCUAAGAGAAGCAGAGAAGAAGUUGAUGGAAAACAAUUUGAAAAUUUUUCACUGAAAGAUGAAAGUCCAGCAGGGUACCUGAUGGCCUGGGCUGAGAUGGUGGGUGCCGGGGGGCAGCCUGCCAUCCACUGUGUGUCACACAAGGGCGGAGGGGCUGGGUUUGAAGAGCGCCUCAUGGAACCUCAGGAGGGGUCUUCUGACAGGCGAGGGGAACUCAGUAGCAAGACCAUCCUUGGCAGGACAUUGGAGAGGGGGUUCCCCCUUGGGCCCUCUGAAGAACCAACUACUGUGCCCCAGAGCGCUGGGCCAGCAUAUGGCUAUCUGCCAUGCGUCCGGUGGCUGCCUAUCCGCCAGAGACCAGCUGCAGCCAGAAGAACGGAGUGGCAACACUGA